GCCCCCCCUUCCCUUCAAAGAGAAUGGAAAGUGAUGAUACUGGUGAUGAUGAUCUGGUAGAUGAUGAGGAGCUGUGUGCGUUUGUGGCCCGCCAUGGAUUCCUGGAAGACGAGGACGGAGAUCCGGCGGACGAGGACGGAGGAGAGGAAGACGGAGAGGCGGCGGACGAGGCCGUUUUGCAGUCCUUGCGGAGCGUCUGUGAGAAGAUCGAGGGUAAGAAGCGAUUGGAAGUGGAAAGCAGUGGGGUGGAGCAGCAGCCAAUUCAGGGACUGGAUGAGCAGCAAGAAACUCAAGGUGUGGAACAGCAGGAAACCCAGGUACUGGACUACAACUCGCAGCUCCUCCAGCAUUCUCUCGACAAGAACAAGCAGUGCCAAGAACAUCUUCGUAACUUGCUUCUGCGAGUGGAGGAAAGAAAAAAGGAGAACGCCGAGAUCCAGAGGCGCGUCAAGACGCUCAUGGGAUUCGAGAAGCACUGCAACCGGCGAGCAUUCGACCGGGGCUGCGUUGCGAGGUUCGUCGCGUCCCUGGCCACCUUAAGCUACUCCACUUCCAGGCUCAAGAAGCACCGAGUCGUGGCCGGCCCCGAGAAGAACAAGGACGUGGACAACUUCCGGGAGCUCAAGAACAGCGUCAAGUGCUCGAAAAGCUGGUCGCCGAAGGAGAGCGAGGCCCUGCACAGCACGGUAAAGAUGCAAGUCCAGCAGCAUCUCCUUGUCCAGGCUAUGGAAGCGGUGGUCCUGGACUUGAAAACAGGAGUCUCUCUGGAAGAGCGCGAGAAGGAGAUCGACAACAUCUCGGAUGCGGAGGUGAGGAACCUGAUCGAUGUGGUGGACUGGGAGAUCGUCUCCAGGGGCUCGCUUCCGGCUAGAACGGCCAAGGAGUGCAAGGCCAGGUGGAUCAACUUCGAGGACAAGCUCAUUAACCACGGGCCCUGGAGCAAAGCCGAGGACCUCCAGCUCCUGAGCAUUGCCAAGGAGUUUGGCUUCGCUCAGUGGGAGAGUGUGGCCGAGAAGCUCGGGACUUACAGAACUCCAGCGCAGUGUUUGAUCCGGUACCAAAGGAGCUUGAACGCCAACUUAUCGCUGAGAGAGUGGAGCCGGGAGGAUGACGAGCAGCUCAAGCUGGCGGUGGACAUGUGUGGCGAGAAGGACUGGCAGAACGUAGCGGCGUGCCUGGAGGGAAGAACGGGGCAGCAAGCGAUGCACAGGUGGAAAGAAGUUUUGAGGGGGAAGAAGCGCGGGCGAUGGUCGCUGGAGGAGGACAAGCGCCUCAAGUGUGCCGUGAUGGUGUGCGGGCCUCACCAGUGGAAGUCCGUCGCGGCUCACGUCCCCGGCCGGUCAGAGACGCAGUGCCGAGAGAGGUGGCGGAACGUUUUGGAUCCAAAGCUGAGCUUCGAUAUGUGGAGUCCGGAGGAGGACGAGAAGCUGGAGGAGGCCGUGGAGAAGUUUGGGAUGCAUAAGUGGUCGUCGGUGGCGGAGGUGAUGUCGCCGAGAACGGACAACCAGUGCUGGCGGCGGUGGAUGGCUUUGCAUCCCGAGAGCAAGGAGAGUUUCCACAGGGAGGUGGUGCUCAAGAAAACGCUGCUGCCCCGAUUCUCCAAGAGGAAGAAAGAGCGGCCGGGGCUGGAAGUGAGCGACAUCCUCCUGGUGGAGAGUGGUGACACUGUCUUGCAAUUGCCCCCGGGGAGUGACGAUCCUGGCCAAGACGUGGAAGCUAGUAGCUUCGAGCUGGACGAAGAGCUGGAAGAAGAUCUCGAGAGUCCCGGAAAGCCAGGAGUUGAGCGCUGUAGACGAAACUCGAUGGUGGACGUUACCAGUGAGAAGGAUUUCGGUGGUGGUGGUUGCAAGAAGCGGGCUAGAACGAGGGCCGGGAGAGUGGAGGAUUCACAGGCAAAGCGUCCUCGGCAACGAAAGCCGCGAGGCCGAAAGACGGUGGACGUGGAUCUUGAAGAUGAGUCGCAAGAUGGAAGGGAGAUGCGAGCUGCUAGAUUGGAGAAGAUACGAGGCAAACGAAAGGAUGGCGAAGAUCUGGAGAUAAAUGAAGUCACGGAAACGAUCGGAAGGCAAAGCAAGAAGAUAUGUUCAAGGUGACGAGGAGAUUUUUUUCUCAUUCUCUUUUGUUUUUCGAGGCUUAGAUAGGGCUAAGUUAAAAGUUUGAUCGAAGGAUGGUUUCGAAAAGAAACAUGAAAGCUUCAUCUUAUACAUA